UUAACCUACGCUACUUAUGUUUCCGACUUUCAAUGAUUCAGAUUCUCAAAUUAGGGUUCUACAAUUUAACUUUCAGGAGCUUUUUUGCAGUAAAUUAUAGGAGCCUCAAAUUUGAAGGUCCGAUUUCUGUGAAAUUAGAAUUAAUGGGUUCUAAAAGAACCCGUUCGAUUUCCUUACAAUCAGCUGACAUUGUCAAGGAAAGCGAGCUUCUUGGGGAUGAUUCCAAGAACAUAGAGAAAAUGACAGUUCAACAGCUGAGAUCGAAAUUGAGGAAUAUGGGGAUACCUGCUAAAGGUACUAAGCAGGAACUCGUCUCUGCCUUGAAGAGUUCUUUGAACAGCCAAAUAGAUGGUGAAGGUUCUUUGGAUAGAAGCAAUCAAGUGAUUGCCAAAGAUGAGCCAAAUAUCACUAAAAACAACUCAAAAAGAAAAUCUAAAGUGUUAUCAACCAGUAAGCUUGUCCAAAUUACAGAUGAUGAUUUGGAGGUUUCUGAAACUAAAAGGAUAAAGAGAAGUGUAAAGCAAUCUCCUGACACCGUUGACAUAAACAUAAAAACUUCACAGAAUAUGACAGAGCAGGAUCUGAAGAUUGAAUCCAUUGAUGUGGAAGAUAAAGCAUCCAUUCAGGCAAAGAGAAAAGUUUCAUCGAGAAUAACUUCUGCAAAAUUUAAAGCCCCAGACAGUGUUGACCUUGCCGUAGAGGAACCUUGGACUAUUUUUGCUCACAAGAAGCCGCAAAAAGGGUGGAUUGCUUACAAUCCCAAAACUAUGAGGCCAUCUCCUCUUGCUGCUGAUACAGCACAUUUGAAGUUAAUGUCUUGGAAUGUCAAUGGUUUAAGAGCUUUAUUGAAGUUGGAAAGCUUUUCAGCUUUGCAACUUGCACAAAGAGAGAAUUUUGAUAUAUUAUGCUUGCAAGAGACUAAACUCCAGGAGAAAGAUGUUGAGACAAUCAAACAAAGUCUCCUAGAAGGUUAUGACAAUAGCUUUUGGACAUGCAGUGUCUCGAAGCUAGGUUAUUCUGGUACAGCUAUUAUUUCACGGAUGAAACCACUUUCCGUCAGAUAUGGACUGGGCAUAUCAGAUCACGAUAGUGAAGGACGUCUUGUAACAGUGGAAUUUGAAAAUUUCUAUUUGUUGAGUGGCUAUGUUCCCAAUUCUGGUGAUGGUCUAAGAAGACUGUCAUACAGAAUUAGUCAGUGGGAUCCUUCACUUAGCAACUACAUGAAAGAUCUAGAACAAUUAAAGCCUGUCAUUCUGACUGGUGACUUGAAUUGUGCUCAUCAGGAAAUAGACAUCUACAAUCCAGCGGGUAAUAGAAGAAGUGCGGGUUUUACGGAUGAAGAAAGGAAAUCAUUUCAAACAAACUUUUUAGACAAGGGUUUUGUGGAUACCUUUAGGAAACAGCACCCUGAUGUUGUGGGUUAUACUUAUUGGGGCUACAGGCACGGUGGACGGAAAACUAAUAGAGGGUGGCGGCUUGAUUAUUUCCUCGUCUCCGAAUCAAUUUCAGACAUGGUUCACGACUCAUAUAUUCUCCCUGAUGUUACUGGAAGCGAUCAUAGUCCAAUUGGCCUCAUUCUCAAGCUUUAGGCUCAGGAGUGACCAGACGACUAAUUUCAUAUCCAAAGCUGGAUUCUGAAGCUAAUUUAUGACAAUCUGUUUUGGUUUAUAUGGCCUUGUGUUCCGUAAAUGGCAGAAUCACAAGCACCUUCAAGGGCCCAUUUUGAGAUUAAGUUGUUUUCGUGUUUAAUAGAGAAUUUGAUGAAUCUUUCUUGCACAAUCAUGUAGGCCCGUUGCAUAUGAAUUUCAUGAUCUUUGGAUUGAUAUAAGAAAUUUAUUAAUUUU